AUGUUUUCUCAACAAGUUGGUCGCAGCGGACGUAUUGCAGCGCAAUCAUUCAGACGGUUUGCUCGCUCUACACAGUCCCGCGGUUAUGCGACAGGAGCAGCUUCAGCAGCAGCUGGUAGUGCUUUCAAGAGAGCAGCUGGCAUGUUGGUUGCCGGCGUAGGUGCAAGCACAGCUGGCGGUGUCGGAACCUGGUACACGAUGCACUCGAACGGCAUGGGCUUUCACUCCGACGAAGAGAGCCUGCGACGCUUCGUCGCUAACCACGAGGAAGCAAAAAUGGUGGAGGAGACCAUCAACAACCACCCUCUGAUCGCAGAGCUUCGCGCGAACCCCGAACUUACUGAAUCACGACCACACAUGAAGAUGCCUGCAUCGUACCGAAGUCGGAGCUUGACUGGCGGAGCCCUCAUUGGCGAAGGAAAGGUGACAGUGCCACCUUAUGCCUGGGUUGCGCCAGAGGGCAAACAGCUUGUGUCAGUGGCAUACGUUGGAGAGGAUCUGUGCGGCCAUCCUGGUAUUGUGCAUGGCGGAUUCCUAGCGACGAUGCUGGAUGAGGGUCUCGGACGCUGCUCUUUUGGUGCGCUCCCUCAUAACAUUGCCGUGACGGCAAACCUGAACGUCGAUUACCGCAAGCCGACACCGGCAGGAAGCUUCUUGGUUCUGCGGGCAGAGACCUACAAGGUGGAAGGCCGCAAGGCCUGGGUUAGAGGACAUAUCGAAUUGCUGGCCAACCCCGGAGAGAAGCCAACAAUAUUGGCUGAGGCGGAUGCGCUUUUCAUCUCGCCCAAGUAUGCUGCGGUGAUGCCCAAGAUCGGUUAAGAUGAGAUAUUAGAAUAGAUGACUCCCAAUGAUGAUAUUUUAGAGCGAGCGAGUGACGGAUAUAAGUGAGCGGUUUAGAGCUAUGGUAUUUAAUCAUAUAGAGAGAGCGCUUUGGGUGUUGAUAGGUAGAGUGAUAGACGAUGUGGCUUCACAAGAACGUUUUGUAAUGAUAGGACACAGUUAUGCUUUUGGAGUUUGUUCAUAGACAGCACCUACUAGGUAUAAACGCCUCGCAUUUCCCCAGUAAAGGAAAUAUUUAGAGUACUAGAAACGUUGGUCACGGAAAGUAU